UUUAAUGCAACGAAAAUUGAACAUCGAAUAAAAAAAAAAAAAAACAUGAUUUGUCAACACUCCGUAGUGCAAGGACCAAACUUGACAUUUUGCUAUUAAUUAUUAAAGGCCCAACUAUAUUCGUCAUAAUAUAUACGUCUACCCCAAAAACCCUAACCUCUAACCCCUUCAAAUCUACUCCCAGUAGCUGAGCCUCCGCCGUGCCGCCCCUUGGCCGUCGUAUAUCCCUUCCUCCAAAACCCUAAUCUCCAUUUUCGUUUUUGCUUCAAAAUUCGCUCAAAAUGUCGAUGUCAAAGAGUUCGAAAAUGCUUCAAUACAUCAAUUACCGUAUGCGUGUUACUAUCCAAGAUGGUCGUCAACUGAUCGGAAAAUUCAUGGCGUUCGACCGACACAUGAACCUCGUCCUCGGAGACUGUGAAGAGUUUCGGAAGCUUCCUCCGACGAAAGGUUCGAAAGAAGAACGUGAAGAUCGGCGUACACUUGGUCUUGUACUUCUCCGUGGUGAAGAGGUUAUUUCCAUGACUGUUGAAGGUCCACCACCUCCUGAUGAAUCGAGAGUUAAGGCUACUGCUGCAGGUUCUGCUGUUUCCGGGCCCGGUAUUGGUCGGGCUGCGGGCCGUGGUGUUCCUACCGGCCCGAUGGUUCAUGCUCAACCGGGUCUUGCUGGGCCUGUUCGUGGUGUUGGCGGGCCUGCUCCGGGGAUGAUGCAGCCUCAGCUUUCUCGGCCUCCAAUGCCUCAAGUUUCUGCUCCACCUAUUAAUUACCCACCGCCGAUGAUGAGGCCACCAGGUGGUGGGCCACCACAAAUGCCGCCGCAAGGUAUGCAGAUGCAGAGGCCUGGUGGACCUCCGCCACCUAUGGCACCGCCACCACAGUUCAGGCCGGGUGGUGGUCCACCACAACAGUUUCCACCGCAGUUUGGUCAGCGGCCCAUGGUUCCUCCGCCUCCUAUGAUGAGGGGUCCACCACCACCUGGUGCUCCACCUAGACCAGGAAUGCCUGGUGGUCCUCCUGGUCAACCACCUCGCCCUGGUAUGCCACCACCACCUCCAGGUGGUCAGGUUCCUGUUUAUGGACCUCCUCGUCCUGGUAUGCCUCCACCGCCAAAUGCUCCUCCACAGAAUCAGCAGCAGUAGUAAAAAUGUGUAGAGUUCCUGUAAAGGCAAACUAGUCAUAUCUUCUCCUGCAUGCUUGAAUGGUGGUGUUACAAGAAUCACUGGGCUAUGGUGAUUUCAGUUAUGUUGUGCUGGUCAGGUGUUUGAUCUUCAUGCAGUAUGUACCCAGUGCUCAUCGUUUUUGCUAGAUUUGUAACUUCACGAGACAGGAGACUUCAAACUGAUGUACUUAACAAUAUCUGUCUGUCCUUUUAUAUUAAAUAUUAGAACUGCGACUAUUUGAUAUGGCUGAAUGAUGACUUUAGUUGUGGCAGAUGGUGCUGGUAUAUGCAGCUCAUGUCUUUUAUUUGA